GGUGUUGGUGUUGGAGUUGGUGUUGGUGUUGGUGGGUAAGGGCACCAGACCAGAGAGAAGAAAGGGGUAUCUUAGCUUCACCUUCGAUUGGAUCUCUUCACCUUCGAUUGGAUCUCUUCACCUUCCUUCACCUCUUUCUUACUCCUACAUUCGCAACUCUCUCUCUCACUCUCUCUCUCCACCGAUUUUAUUAUCUUGUACUCUUUCUCAUGGUGUAGACACUAUUGUGUUGAUUCCAGUGCUGGGAAGAUUUUUUUUAAAUGUGCACUGGAUGGUUAAUUUGCUAAGUCCUUAGUUGUGACUGGUUGGCUGCCUGGCUGCAUUGACAGGUUUUUAAGUUUUGAGGGAAAGUUUGUUAUUCUUGACUAGUUGAGUGUAUUACAACACUAUGUUGUGACUGGUUGGCUUCUUGGCUGCAUUGACAGGUUUUUAAGUUUCGAGGGAAAGUUUGUUAUUCUUGACUAGUUGAGUGCAUUACGACACUGUCUAUAGUAUUGCUGCAGAAAGGCAGAAGUUUAAACUUUUUGCGGAAAUGAGUUUUGUUUUCCGAGGGACUAGGGCAGAUAUUGAAAGUGGAUUUCCAGGAUUUGUACCUGAACAACCUUCUGUGCGUAUUCAUACAGCUCGGCCAGUAAAUACUAACUCUCUGGCUUUUUUAGUCACAGUUCUCUUGCUAUUCAUGAUAUUGAAUUCACAUCAGAUGUCACCAAACUUUCUGCUAUGGCUAGUCGUAGGUGUCUUUUUGAUGGCAACAAGCCUGAGGAUGUAUGCAACUUGUCAGCAACUACAAGCGCAGGCUCGUGCACAUGCUGCAGCUGCCAGCGGUUUGCUUGGUCAUACAGAAUUGCGGCUGCACAUGCCACCAUCGAUUGCUUUUGCAACACGAGGGAGGUUACAAGGACUAAGGCUCCAACUUGCGCUUCUUGAUCGUGAACUUGAUGAUCUCGAUUAUGAUACUUUGAGAGCAUUGGACACUGACAAUACGUCUACAACUCAAUCAAUGUCUGAGGAAGAGAUAAAUGCUUUACCUGUUCACAAGUACAAAGUUGUUGGCCAAGAGAAGGAUGUCUCAUCAUUGCAGCAGGCAUCAACUUCUUCAGCCGCUCCUGAGGACUCCCGAAAGGAUGACGGGAAAUUGAAGGCUACAGAAGAUGAAUUGACAUGUAGCAUUUGCUUGGAGCAAGUCAGUAGAGGGGAGCUCAUUCGCAGCUUGCCGUGUUUGCAUCAGUUCCAUACCAAUUGCAUUGACCCGUGGCUGCGUCAACAAGGUUCGUGCCCUGUGUGUAAAUACAGGGUGGGUUCAGGAUGGCACGAAAGCAGGGAGAGCGAGUCAGAUGGGUUAGAUAUGGUUUAAUCAUCAUUUCAAGUGUAACAUAUUUUGUAUAUUCAAUAUCCUAUUUACCUAUCAUAUUGUCAAUUGUAUAGCUGCUGAAUCAAGUUAUACGUCUCCCGUGUGCAUGUGUAUAGCCUCAAGUUCAUAUGGACUUAUCCUAUCCUAAUUGCUAUAUCGUUCUUUUUGCUCGGAUUUUUUUUUAAUAAUUGUGGAUUGAAAUGUGAGAGAAUGUUUCUAUUUGUCCACUGUAAUUCAUUAUGUUGAUUGAUUGGAGCGUUUGCUUGCCGCUUGCCAGCCAUAUUGCCUCGGCCAUUCUAGAGCUCAAGAUUUCCGUUUGUAAGACUGAUAUUGUUCUUGUAAAACUUUCUACUUUUUAAUAUGUACUUAUGUCAUUCCACCUU